AUGGUGGCGCGGGGGCUGCGCGCGCUGCGGGCCGCGGCGGCGGCGGGCGGGGGGGGGCGCGGCGGGAGGGGGCUCAGCACGCGCCCCGCGCGCGCCCCCGCCGCGGAUUACCAGGACGCCAUCCGCACCCUGAACACGCUGCAGACCAACGCCAGCUACCUGGAGCAGGUCAGGCGGGAGCGCGGAGACCCCCGGGCGCAGCUGGAGGCCAUGAGGGGCUUCCUGGAGAGGAGCGGGCUGCAGGUGGAGGACCUGGACGGGCUGAACAUCAUCCACGUCACCGGGACGAAGGGCAAGGGCUCAGCAUGCGCCUUCACCGAGCGCAUCCUCCGCAGCUACGGGCUGAAGACCGGCUUCUACAGCUCCCCGCACCUGGUGCAGGUGCGCGAGCGGAUCCGCAUCAACGGGCAGCCGCUCAGCAAGGAGCUCUUCAGCAAGUACUUCUGGCUGGUCUACAACCGCCUGGAGGAGACCAAGGACCCGGCGCAGGCCAGCAUGCCGGCGUAUUUCCGCUUCCUCACCAUCAUGGCCUUCCACGUCUUCCUGCAGGAGAAGGUGGACCUGGCGGUGCUGGAGGUGGGCAUCGGCGGCGCCUACGACUGCACCAACAUCAUCAGGACGCCCGUGGUGUGCGGCGUCUCCUCGCUGGGCAUCGACCACACCAGCAUCCUGGGGGACACCAUGGAGAAGAUCGCCUGGCAGAAGGGGGGCAUUUUUAAGCCCGGUGUGCCGGCGUUCACCGUGCCGCAGCCCGAGCGGCCGCUGGAGGUGCUGCGGGACCGAGCCCGGGAGUGCGGGUGCCCGCUCUACGUCUGCCCGGAGCUGGACGCCUUCGAGGCCGGGAGCCGGGCGCUGGAGCUGGGGCUGGCGGGCGGCCACCAGUGCUCCAACGCCGCGCUGGCACUGCAGCUCUCGCGGACGUGGCUGCAGCGACGGGGCUACGAGGGUACCGGGGUGCUGCAGGAUGUGCUGCCCGUCGCGGAGCCGUUGGCGCAGCGAUCAGUGCCGCUGGCACCCGUGUUUCAUCCCAGUGAUGCCAUGAUCCAAGGCCUGCGGGACACGGAGUGGCUGGGCCGCACGCAGGUGCUGCCCCACGGCCCCGUGACGUGGUACAUCGACGGGGCGCACACCACCAGCAGCGUCCAGGCCUGCGUCCGCUGGUUCCGCCAGGCUGCCCUCAACGAGGACAAGCCCCAGGACGGCUCCGAGGUGCGCGUGCUGCUCUUCAACGCCACGGGGGACCGGGACACGGCCGCUCUGCUGAAGCUGCUGCUGCCCUGCCACUUUGACUACGCCGUCUUCUGCCCCAACUUCACGGAGGUGUCGGUGACCGGCAGUGCCGACCAACAAAACUUCAACGUGACCCUGGAGAACGCCCUCACCCGCUGCCUGGAGAACCAGAAGACGUGGACGCGGCUGAUGGAGGAGAAGGGGGGCCAGGACCCCUGGCUGCCGCCCCCCCUGGAGGUGGGGGGGCUGCUGAAGCCGGACCCCCUGCGGGGAGCCCUGCUCCUGGUGCCCCCGGCCGAGCGGCCGCUCAACUCCACCUCCCUCGUCUUCCCCUGCCUCUCGCACGCCCUGCAGUGGAUCGCCCAGGGCCGGGACCCCCACGUCCCCGCGCCCCCCGCCAAGGGGGGGGCGCACCCCCAGCCCGUGGCCACCAGCGGGGCCGUGCUGCUGCAGGAGGCGGCCGCCAUCCGCGUCCUCGUCACCGGCAGCCUGCACCUGGUCGGGGGGGUCCUCAAGCUGCUGGACCCCGCGCUGUCCCAGUAGCGGGGAC